CGCCCGCGCCAGGGACGCCCCACCCUCUGCCCUGGCUCCGGGAUUUGGGGCGCCGCUUGUGGAGUCCUGAGCCUGAACCCGGAGCGCAUCUCCGCGUUGCCGGGUAGCCAGCGCCCGCGUGGCGAGGCUGGGGGACGAACCGGCAGGGAGCACCCAGCCCCAAUGCGCCCGGCCCGCGAGGCCGCCGGCAGCCGCCUCUGAGAAGUUGGGGGGCGGCGCCCGGGGAACACCCCACGCCACUGCAGCCGUUGCAGGGGGCUCGGAAACCGGUUUGUUUCGUCCGGCGGCGCAGACCCGUGUCCCGGGGCGUUGGCCGGGGUGGCGCGGGCUGCGGCCCAAUGCCCUUUCUGGACCGCGGGGGGGUGCCUCGGGCUCGCUGAGCCCCGCGGGAAGGCGGCGACCCCCGGACGGUGCCCGCCCACGGCCUGGGUCCUGAGCCUAUCUGUUAAGAUGCCUUAGAAAAAGAACCAUGGAGAAAUAUGUUAGAGUACAGAAGAUUGGAGAAGGUUCAUUCGGAAAAGCCAUUCUCGUUAAAUCUAUAGAAGAUGGCAGACAGUAUGUUAUCAAAGAAAUUAACAUCUCAAGCAUGUCCAGUAAAGAAAGGGAAGAAUCAAGGAGAGAAGUUGCAGUGCUGGCAAACAUGAAGCAUCCAAAUAUUGUCCAGUAUAGAGAAUCAUUUGAAGAAAAUGGCUCUCUCUACAUAGUGAUGGAUUACUGUGAAGGAGGGGAUCUGUUUAAACGAAUAAAUGCCCAGAAAGGCAUUUUGUUUCAAGAGGACCAGAUUUUGGACUGGUUUGUACAGAUAUGUUUGGCCCUGAAACAUGUACAUGAUAGAAAAAUUCUUCAUCGAGACAUAAAAUCACAGAACAUAUUUUUAACCAAAGAUGGGACAAUACAACUUGGAGAUUUUGGAAUCGCUAGAGUUCUUAAUAGUACUGUGGAGCUGGUUCGGACUUGCAUAGGGACCCCAUACUACUUGUCACCCGAAAUCUGUGAAAACAAACCAUAUAAUAAUAAAAGUGACAUUUGGGCUCUGGGGUGUGUCCUUUAUGAGAUGUGCACACUUAAACAUGCAUUUGAAGCUGGCAAUAUGAAAAACCUGGUACUGAAGAUCAUAUCUGGAUCUUUUCCACCCGUGUCUUUGCAUUAUUCUUAUGAUCUCCGCAGUUUGAUCUCUCAACUAUUUAAAAGAAAUCCUAGGGAUAGACCAUCAGUCAACUCCAUAUUGGAGAAAGGUUUUAUAGCCAAACGCAUUGAAAAGUUUCUCUCCCCUCAGCUUAUUGCAGAAGAAUUUUGUCUAAAAACAUUUUCCAGGUUUGGAACACAGCCUAUUCCAGCCAAAAGACCAGGUUCAGGACAAAGCUUGGCUUCUGUUGUGUCUGCUCAGAAAAUUACAAAGCCUGCUGCUAAAUAUGGAGUCCCUUUAACGUAUAAGAAAUAUGGAGAUAAAAAAUUACAUGAAAAGAAACCACUCCAAAAACAUAAACAGGCCCAUCAAAGUCCAGUGAAGAAAGUGAAUCCUGGAGAAGAAAGGAGGAAACUGUUUGAGGAACCAGCAAGGAAGAGAAGGUUGGAAUUGAAUGAAAAAGAAAAGAAACAAAAGGAUCAGAUUAGUUUAAUGAAGGCUGAACAGAUGAAAAGGCAAGAAAAGGAAAGGUUGGAGAAAAUAAAUAGGGCCAGGGAACAAGGAUGGAGAAACGUGCUGAGUGCUGGUGGAAGCGGUGAAAUGAAGGCUCCCCUUUUUGGCAGUGGAGGGGCUGUGGCUCCAUCAUCUUUUUCUUCUCGAGGACAGUAUGAACAUUACCAUGCCAUUUUUGAUCAAAUGCAGCAACAAAGAGCAGAAGAUAAUGAAGCUAAGUGGAAAGGUGAAAGACAUGGCCGAAGGCUUCCAGAAAGAGGAAUCCCACCUGGAGUACAUCCAGGAUUUCCCAAGGGGGCUGCAGGUCAUCACCAUUCCUCUGAUGCCGAUGCUCUUAGAAAAACUUGGAAAAGAUUGAAGGCCGUGUCUAAACAAGCCAAUAUAAACAGGCAGAAGGGGCAGCUGGCUGUGGAAAGAGCAAAGCAGGUAGAAGAGUUUCUACAGCGAAGACGGGAAGCGAGGCAGAACAAGGCUCGGGCUGAGGGGCAUAUGGGCACCCUGCACAACCUGGCAGCUCUGUGCGAAGGCAGGCGCAGCUCUUCACGAGGAGGGAAGCCGAGAAGCAAAGAGGAAGAGGUUUAUCUGGCAAGGCUGAGACAAAUAAGACUGCAGAAUUUCAAUGAGCGCCAACAGAUUAGAGCGAAGCUUCGUGGUGAAAAGAAAGAAGCUGACAGCUCCGAAGGACAGGAAGGAAGUGAGGAGGCUGACGUGAGGCGUAAGAAAGUGGAAGUGCUGAAGGCCCAGGUGAGCGCCCGCGCGGCUGUGCUGAAGGAGCAGCUAGAACGUAGGAGGAAGGAGGCGUACGAGAGAGAGAAGAAGCUGUGGGAGGAGCAUUUGGUGGCCAAAGGGAUAAAGAAUUCUGAUAUGUCUCCACCUUCAGGACAGCAGGAAACAGGUGGCUCUCCAUCAAAGCAACAGAUGAGACCUGUUAUUUCUGUGACUUCUGCUUUGAAAGAAGUGGGUAUGGACAGAAGUUUGACUGAUGCCCAAGAAACCUCAGAAGAAAUGCAAAAGACUCACAGUGCUAUUUCGAGUAAGCGCGAAAUACUACGUAGAUUAAAUCAAAAUCUUAAAGCUCAAGAAGAUGAAAACGGAAAGCAGAGUCACUCUGAAAUGGGUGCAAUAAUUGUUCACGAAGACGCCAGAGAGCAGGAAAAAGAAAAAUCGGUUUCAUCGGAUCGCAAGAAAUGGGAGGCUGGAGGCCACCUGGUGAUUCCUGUGGAUGAAUUGGCACUGGACACAUCCUUCUCUGUGACUGAAAAACGUACAGUGGGAGAGGUUAUUAAAUUAGAUCCUGGUGGAUCUCCAAGAAAAGUCUGGGGAAAAAGUCCUAUAGAUUCUGUUCUAAAGGUACUUGGAGAAGCUGAACUACAACUUCAGACAGAACUAUUGGAAAAUACAACUAUUAGAAGUGAGAUUUCUCCUCAAGGGGAGGAGUGCAAACCCUUAAUUACUGGCGAAGAAAAAAUAAAAUGUAUUUCACCUGAAAUGAACCCAUCAGCUACUGUUGAUUCUUCUGUUGAGACAGACAGUCCAAACUUUAGUGAGCCAUCUCCACAGACGGCAUUGAAACCAGAAGGAAAUUUGGAUGAGCCUGAUAACUUGGAAGCAGAAUUUCUACAGGAGCCAAGUAGAGCAGACGGGGACGGUGGCUUGCAAUGCCCUGUACUCGACGUGUGGGUUAGUGAGAUUAAAGAAGCAAAGGAGGCUGAGUUGGAAGAUAGGAUCACCAUUCAGCAAAAUGAAGUUUCUGAAGAUGGAGCCCCGAGGAGCAUGGAUCACCUUGGUGAAGUUCAUGUAGAACCUGGAUUGGAUGGUUCUUCACACUCUGAGUGUGAUGUAGAUGAAUCUAUGCAACCAGAACCAUUUUUCCAUAAACACUUGAAAGCAGCCUCUCAAGUCCAGUCAGUCCUCUGUUCACCAGAAGAAUCCCCUCCACUUCGAUCUCACUCUGGUUCACCACGAAGAAAUAAAAAACAGAAUUCCUUGCUGAUUGGACUUUCAACUGGUCUAUUUGAUGCAAACAACCCAAAGAUGUUGAGGACAUGUUCACUUCCAGACCUCUCAAAGCUGUUCAGAACACUGAUGGAUGUCCCCAUUGUCGGAGAUGGACGUCAGGACAAUCUUGAAAUGGAUGAAAUGGAAGAUGAGCAUGUUAAGGAAGGACCUUCCGACUCUGAGGACAUUGUGUUUGAAGAGGCUGACACAGACUUACAAGAGCUUCAGGCCUCCAUGGAGCAGCUGCUGCGGGAGCAGCCUGGGGAGGACUACAGCGAGGAGGAGGGGUUGGGCCUGAAGACCAGCGACGCGGAGCAGGCUGCCAACGGCACGGACGCGGGCGAUGAGGACGACAGCCCUAGCAGCGAGAGCGCUCUCAACGAGGAGUGGCACUCGGAUAACAGUGAUGGUGAGAUAACUAGUGAAUGUGAAUACGACAGUGUCUUUAAUCAUUUAGAGGAACUAAGGCUUCACCUAGAGCAGGAAAUAGGCUUCGAAAAGUUCUUUGAGGUUUACGAGAAAAUAAAAGCUGUUCAUGAAGAUGAAGAUGAAAAUAUUGAGAUUUGUUCAACAGUAGUUCAGAAUCUUUUGGGAAAUGAACAUCAGCAUCUUUAUUCUAAGAUUCUUCAUUUAGUUAUGGCAGAUGGCGCCUAUCAAGAAGAUAAUGAUGAAUAAUGCUCAGAACGUUUAAUCCUCAACGGAAUGAAAGCAUUUAAAUUUUGGCUCAUCAGAAUAACAAGCUUCAGUGGGAAAUAUAGCGAUUUUUUAUAAAUGAAAUAUUAGAUUUAAAAUGAGCAUGCUGAUUACAUGAAAAUGAUGGAGGAACAUGCCAUUUUUCAAUUAAGAUUCUAGUUUUUUAUCUAUUUUAUUUUGUUUAUUGAGUUCUAUAGUUAUCUCCUACAGAAUAUAUACUUUAUUAAAUGUUCCAACCAAAGUGUAAGACACAGUGAUCCAGACUGGACUCAAUGGCUUUGAAGAAGGUGUACCAUGCAGCAAGGUAAUUUUUACUUUCAGCAAAUGUCUUUAAGUUGAAAGAGUAACUUCUGUUGUGAAAGACCUGCCUUUGCUUUUUCAAUUAUGCAUUUAAGCAUGACCCUUUUUUCUGUCUACUUGUUUUCAUGGCCAGCAAUUCUAGAUUAAAUAACCUUGUCAAGGGCUCUAUUUAAAUCUUAACAUUUCGAAGAUGGAACUUUUAGCUUUAAGGUUUAUAUUCUCAGCCCUUUUUCAACCAGAGUGUCUCCUGAACUAGCUGAAUGGAAACAGGCUAUAAAAACAGUCUUAGAAGUCAUUGAAAAAUUUGAUUACAAAAGAAUAGCAAAAAUAUAUUUCCUGAUAUUGAAAAAGGUAGUUAAUUACUUUUGUUUCUUUUUGAGGACCAGAACAAGGAAGACUAUAUCUAAAAAUUAGUCUGUGAAUUUUAACAUUUAUCUAGCAUAUAACAUAAAGUUGCCCUUUUGGUUUUCAGCUUCCUCUCAUGCAUGUGCUUUUUAAUUGAGAUUCAAAAGGAGAAAUGAAUCAUUUUUAUUUUGACAGUGUGACAGUUUUGGUAACUAGUAUUCCAAAGGGGGGAAAUGUUUACCUCUUUCAAUACCAUGAGGAGAAAAUUUUGGUAGGUCAAUAAGACAGUGGUCACACAGCUUCAAUUGCAGUAUGCCAGGUAUUACAUCAUUAGAGAUGUCUGAAGUCCAGAUGCUUUUAGUAAUAAAAGCAGAAUUUUGGAAACUCUGAGAACAAAGAAGCCUUAUUGGCAUUAUCUGUAAUUUGAACAGAAAAAUCGUAUGUUGCAGCACUAUCAGUAGUAUGCUGAAUUAAUUAUGUAUAUUAUUUCUAACAUCCAAAGCUAAAUACUUGAUUUUUAUAUGUUUGUUUAUUUUAUGAUAUUGCUAUUAAAUUUUUAUUCUCUACCUGAA